UAUCCAAUUUUGAUCAUAGUGCUUGGAUCACUCUAGGACCAAAAUAUGAAGCAAAAGAUAUCUUAAUAGAUAUUUUAGCACAAAUAUAUCCUAGUGAAGAAAAAAUACAAAUGAAAGAAGAUGAUGAGUUAGUCACAAAGUUAUGUGAAGAAUUAUCUAGUAAGAGAAUCUUGAUUGUGAUAGAUGAUUUAUGGAGCAAAGAGCCCUUGCAUCAUUUGCAAACAGUGUUCCCUAACAUCAAAGGCAGAGCUUUGGUGACAACUAGGUUAAGAGAAGUAACUAAAUGGGGAGAACAUGAUCGUGUUUAUAAAAUUCGGUUACUAGAUAAAGAAGAGAGUUGGUGUCUUCUUCGUCAAAAGGUGUUUCUUGAGGGAGUGUGCCCGCCUGAGUUAGAGAAAGCCGGGCGAAAAAUUGCAGAGGAUUGUGAUGGUCUUCCACUCCUAAUCCUCAAAGUGGCCGAGCAGUUACUCCAAGAGGAUAAGGAUCCGGAGUUCUGGGACCUUGUAGCCUCUGGGAAAGAAACUUCUGUGUUUGCGAACGCACAUGAUGAAAUAUCCGAGGCAUUGCUUCCGAGUUACAAGAGAUUACCACAACAGCUAAAAGCAUGCUUUCUCUACAUGGGAGUUUUUCGUAAAUGUUGUGACAUAAGUGCAUUCAAGGUUAAUGAUAAGUUCAAUGCCGAGGGUUUUCUCGAACAUAUUGUUUUCAAUUGUUUAUUCGAACUAGAGAGUGAGAGCUUGAUUAUGAUCCAAUCGAAUGCCCUCGGUUCCCUCACAAAAAGUUGUCGCCUCCAUUCUGUGUUUUGGCAUCUAUGCAACAGUGAAGCCGCGAAGAAUGGGUUUUUUCACGCCAUCAUUAGUUAUAACGAUUGUUUCGUGGAAAACAUGAAGAGUCAACGCAGGUUAUGCAUUCGCACUAGUGCUUUGCUGGGCUUAAAAAAUGUGCAUGCCUCAAUGGCGUCCGUUGCAAGUGCGCGUUCUUUUUUAUGUAUGAGUCCACCUCAUCAAUAUCCGGUCCCCGUAAGUUUUGGCUUGAGGUUGCUUAGGGUUUUGGAUGCCCUAGCAAUCCGCCAAUACCAGUUCCCAGUUGAAGUGGUUUCGCUACUUCAACUGAGAUACCUUUCCCUGACCUAUUACGGUAGCCUGCCUACAUCAAUAUCCAGACUGUGGAAGCUUCAAUACUUGAUUGUGAAGCGGUACAUUAGCACCAACACAUCUUUGCUUUUGCCGAUGGAAAUUUGGGAUAUGAAGGAAUUGAGGCAUCUUGAGAUCAUGGGUGGGCAUAUACCUAACCCUCAUUCUGGUGAUGGUUUGCCAAGGCUCACAACACUUUGGGAUGUGAGUGCUCGAAGCUGCACGCGAGAGGUUCUUGAAAUGAUCCCAAAUUUGAAAAGGUUAGGAAUUCGAAUUGAACUAGCCCCUGAUGAUGAAGGUGAUUAUGUCUUUGAUCUCAUGAAUAAUACUUGUCACCUUUCCGGACUAAAAACACUUAAAUGUGUUGUUGUAAAUCCUCAAUUCGGAUCGAAGACGGUUCAUCCACCUCCACCAAUGUUCCCAUCAAGCCUCACAAACUUAACCUUGAGUGGUUUUGGAUAUCCUUGGAAAUACAUGAGUAUCAUUGGUAAAUUGUCAGUUGAAGUGCUCAAAUUGAAAAGUUAUGCAUUUCGAGGUCCAGUAUGGGAGAUUAAUGAAUCUUAUUUCAAGAACCUCAAAUAUCUUCGAAUUGAAGAUACAGAUUUGGUGUAUUGGAAACUCAAAGUUCCUAGUUUUACGCAAUUUGAGUGCCUUAGCCUUAGACAUUGCUACAAACUGAAAGAGCUCCCUAUUAUCUUAAAUUUGAAUAAUAAAGUGGAAAUAGUCGAUUGUAGCCCUUUUACUGAGAAUUGGGCAAACCAAAUGAGGCUAAAGGUACUUCCAUUCAAAUUGACAACCCAGCUUACGUGGAUAGGUCCAGAAGUUAAUGUUGCAGCUGAUCUCGAAGAAUGAGAAUUGAGGUGCUUGUUCAAAGGAUAGGAAGUUGGCUUGGUUAUCAUGUUUGCAACAAGAGUAUUCGAUUGUGUUUGGUUCAUUUUAAUAUAAAAAUUCUUGUUAGUUUCCAUUGAAAAAUUGAGUUUGUUUUGGCUUGUAUGAAUAUUAACAAUAGUUGACAAUUUGUAACUUGAUUUAGUGUGCUUUUGUGAUAUUGAUACGGGUGAACCCGUAACCAGACGGUGGAACCCGAGCAGCCAAACUUCGAUACAACCAGCCACGGAGGAGAGGUGUCCAGGUCGACCGAAGAGGGUAUCGAAGAGGCCAGAUAAAUAUAGAGAUUAUGUCUCUCGGUAGUUAGUCAGUUUUAGUAUAUUGAGUUGUAUUAUUUUGUGUUAUUUUUGUUUUGGGCUGAACGCUAUAUUAACUUUUGGGUCGAGCAAUUUAAAGGCUCCUUUUCGGGUUUUCUUUGUUGAUUCUUUCCCG